AUGGACCGCAGCCAGGAGGCCGGCCCCGAUGCGGCAGAUGAGCCGUCCAUGCUGGAUCAGGAUCAGGGCCAAGAUCACAACAGCCCCCGCAAAAGGAAGCGCACUCGCGUGACCAAGGCAUGCGAAUUGUGUCGGAAGAGGAAGGAAAAAUGCAAUGGCGAGAGACCAGCUUGCGGCUCCUGUAUCAGCCUGGGCCGUUCUUGUUCCUACGCCUCAGAGUCAAGAAGACGUGGUCUGCCAGCCGGGUUCAUCCAUAGUCGAGAAGUGCUCUUAGGCCUCUUGCUGCAGAUUUUCGACGGGGCAGAGGAUAUAAUAUUGCAAGCUCUACGAGCAGACCAAUUAGGUUAUCGUCGCUUGGCUAAGAAGCAAUGUCCGCAGCGCGCCUGUGAAUCUCUGCUUAGAGUCUGGCGUAGAAGUCGGGCAGCCGCAGAGCUUGAAAGGGUGCUAGAAGCUGCCGAAAGCAGGGAAGAUGACCAGUCCUCGCAGACUCCUACGUUUGAUUCCAAGCUCACUGCUUUGCACAACGCCUCUUGCAACACAGACCUGGUGGCAGAGGGUUCCACUAUAUCAUCUGAUCAUGGAAUCAUCACACCAGCUGCUACCUCUUCUCUGGUGAAUGAACCUGACGGCACUGCGCAUGAUGAUUUGCCCAAUAUCCAGCAACCCGAUCGCACGACGGAUUGCGCUUCGGUCUCAACGUCUAGACCAAGUGUAUCUGCUCUGCCUAUUGCCAGCGCUGUGCCGUCACUACCCGAAACAUGGCCUCGUCUGGUCGAGCUAUACAUGGCAAACACACACUGUUGGUUACCUGUAUUGGAACCACACUCGCUUUUACGGUCAUCCGCUCUCAUCUCUCAACAUAUGCCUGGCAGUGGGCAAGACUGUCUCCUAGAAGGACAAAAGGCCUCAUUUUGGUCUGUUCUCUCCUUUACAUUACACCAAAGCCCUCUUGUCACACCUGCCGGAUCUCCUUCACAGGACAUUGAGCCUGCCCAGAUUCAGCCAAUACACGCAUAUUCACGACAAUUGGCAUUAAAGGAUUAUGCCAAAUAUGAUCUCGGACAUAUUCACACCUUCCUGCUAAUGGCUCUCUCACACAUGGGUCGAAGCGACUGGACAAGUGCUUGGCUCUGGGUAGGGAGGGCUGUCUAUGUGGCCAUUGACCUGGGGAUCAACAUUACGCAGAAAAAGCAAUCCAUCUCCGAGGUAAGACCCGAUGACCCAGGGAAACGCGCAUUUUUCAGCUGUUUUCUCUUUGAUACCCUCGUGGCCUCCCGACUGGGCCGGCGACCGCAUCUACAAAGUGAUGAUCUCAACCAAUUUGAAGAUUUUCGGACGGAGAGCCUAGAAGAGUGGGAUAGCUGGCGUCCCUGGAGCCAGAGUACGCACGGCACUGUCACUCGUACUAGCCAUGGACCAGCUCGCAUAUUAAGCAUGUGGAAUAAAUUGCUUUACAUUACCCGCCUACUCAACCGAAAUCUCUGGGCCGAUGCAGAUAAUGCUUCCUGCAGCGGUAAAGAGGCGAGGGUUUUGCUUGAAGAGCUCAUUGCUUGGCAGUAUGGACUCCCACCUCAAAUGCGAAUCAUUGGUGACCAUGGUUUCGCGCCCAUAAUGGAUGCUCCACACUCUAUUAAUCUUACUCUGGCAAUGGCAAGCCUGUACUUGAUGCUUUUGGCAUCCGUUAUGAGUGAUCCCGAAAACUACGCAACCACGGUCAAAGCUCGUUUCCCAGAACAAGGCUGGCUGCAAAUCAUUGAGUUUUUGAGAAGUCUACCGGAUCUGGACAGCCGUUUCAGCACUGGGUGGAUGCCACCAAUUUUUCGAAUCUACCUUGAAUCUCUGGAUAAGAGCCGCCGGAUACUUUGCCCUCACCUACCUGGCUGGGGGGAUGCCAUGACAUGUGUCAUUGACAUGAUGCACAAGGUCUGGACUCAUCCGCAUCCCGAUGUGCCGUUGUCCACAUGGGAGGCUGGCUUUAUGCCGCAUGCGACACGGCCUGUCCAAGCUGUACCCGAUGACAUGAUACUCGUGCUUGAUGGCUUUCAGAAUGAUCCACAUGCCACUUCAAGCAUCGCAGCAGAGAGUCGUUUGCCAUGCUUGAGGGAAGAGCAAAGCACCGCGUCUACUAUAGCAACAAAUGUCGCCUCUGCGUUGCCUCAAGAAGUGACCUCAAUUAUCAAUGCAGACACCCAAGAAAAGGAUUCUUUAUUACGUGCAACUGGACUGGAAGAAGUCUCAAGGACAUCCCAGUCACUUUCAACAGACCACGAUAUGCUCUUUAAUACAUUGUCUAGUCUUGAUUCUGUCGAAUGGUCUGGUUACGAUCAAGAGUUCAUUGAGAAUCUCGGCUUCCAUGGCGAUACAACCCUCUUCAACUUGCAAUUCUAA